AUGGUGAGUUUCCUUCAGCAAGAAGUUUAUCCACAUUGUCCUGCACUCAACCCAGGUUGGUUUUACGUAACGAAGCGUAAUACUGAGUAUGAUAUGAAAGCAUUCAACCUUCCGCCAAUAAGUGGGACAUCGAUCACGGCUCGACUCUCCUUCAACUACAAGUUCCAUGGCUACACAACGUGUAGUCUCCUCGUAAGCGUCGGUGGAAACCUGAAGCUCAAUCAGCGUCGUAGUAACACCAGAGACUCGGGGUGGAGAAGCACCCCCAACGUCGACUUCUGUUGUUGCCCGCGGUGUCCAACGAUAUUCUUCAAAGCUGUGUGCAAGUUUGGGAAGGGUGGAGUAGCUGUAGAUGACAUAGUCGUAUCAGUUAUCAGGAUUCAUCAACCACUACCUCGUUUGAAUACGCUCACAACGCAGAAGUCAAGGACAGAGUCAGCCCCGAUUAACCAACGAGCUUCAACAGCGGCCGGGACAGCGAGUACCAACGGUUCUACAACUUUGCCUAGCACCUUAAGUAUGAUUCUUCAAACAGAAGUCUCGACUCAACCGAAGUACCACAGCCAAACAGAAGACACCUUUGAUACAAUGGCAGGAACCUCCGAAACAAGCACUUCUUGCACAGCCAACGGGUCUACCUAUGGAACCUCUUCUGCGACUCCACCGGAACUACCAACCCAGUCUCGACGGAGCAAUACUUUUUUAAAGGUGGGACGUACUUGGGCACCAGGUGAACCAAAACAUCCACAAAAGUUAAAGGUUAUUUUACCUCUGGUGGGAUUGGGAAUAUUGGUGCUCCUCGCGGUGGGGAUAUGCGUACGAAUGCAGAUGAAGGGUCGAAAAGAGAUUCCAAGCCUAGUCAACACGACCGUGUCAUUUCGCGCAAGAGGCAAACGCCUUGGCAACAGGGACUGCAGACAAGAGCGUCAACAUCUGGACACUAGAUUAGAGACUUCUGGUCAGGAAAAUGGAAACCAUCACUACAUUGCAAUGAAUCCCAUACGAUUAAGGGAACCAUCACCUGAUGGGAAUCGUGUUCCCGUUGUCAUUUAUGAAAGUGCCACCGAUGAAACGAAGAAGCGCCAUAUCACCAAGGAGCAUGAACCUACAUACAGAAACCUGACGAACAGAGAACAGCGCCCCCACUUAUACGCGAAUUGCCUUCAGUCGUCGGAUUGUGAAGGCACAACACAGACAAACUGGUUUGAUAGCUAUGGCUCUACCUUCAAAAAUGAUAAGCAUCAUACAAUUUCCUGUUCCUAG